UCUCUCUCCCUCUUCUCCCCUUCACCACUAAGCGUUCUCACCGAGGCUUUGAACUCGCUCUCUCAUCAUUCUAAUUACUUUCUCUCACUAAAAUAGCAAUGGCCUCUAUUUUAGGAUCCGUUAUCUCAUCUUCUAAAGACUCCAACUGGUGGGUCUUCACCGUUCCCGCCUAUCUCGGUACCAACUGCUUCGCGGGCUUGGGUCUCACUGACUCAUGGACCUGCACCGCGAUCCUUAUCACUUUUUUCUCUCUAGCCCUUCUCUCGUGGGCUUUCACAUCAGGGGGGCUCGCCUGGAAAAAUAACCGCGCGAAACUGGGCUCAAGGCCCAUCCCAGGCCCACGGGGGCUCCCCAUACUGGGCAGCAUCCUUGCCAUGAGCCGUGGCCUCGCCCACCGAACUCUGGCCGGCAUGGCUAAAGUCCAUAAAGCCACCGAGCUUAUGGCCUUUAGUCUCGGCUCAACCCCAGUGGUUGUUGCCUCCGAGCCAGUCACAGCUCGAGAGAUCCUCACCUCCCCUAACUUUGCCGACCGCCCCGUAAAGAAAUCCGCCAAAACACUCCUCUUCGAGAGGGCCAUCGGGUUUGCCCCCAACGGCACAUACUGGCGCAUGCUGCGGGGCAUCGCCGCGUCCCAUCUGUUUGCACCUCGUCGUGUUGCUGCACACGAGCCAGGUCGACAGGCCGACUGCGCCGCCAUGCUCUCUGCGAUGGCCCGCGACCAGGCAUGCGAUGGUGCAGUCACCAUCCGCCCCCACCUCCAAAACGCUGCCCUGAACAACAUAAUGGGGAGCGUCUUUGGAAAGCGCCUCGACUUGGAGAAAGAGAACCGCGAAGUCCAGGAGCUCAAAGAGAUGGUCCGCGAGGGCUUCGAGCUCCUGGGUGCGUUCAAUUUCUCGGACUACCUGCCCUUCCUCGGGUGGUUCUACGACCCUCUGAGGAUAGUGGCUCGGUCCGAGAUGCUGGUGCCGAGGGUCCAGAAGCUGGUGCGUGGGAUUAUCGCCGAGCACCGCCAGCGCCACGACGGUGCCUCGACCUUGGCCGACGCCGCGGACUUCGUUGAUGUGUUGCUGUCUCUCCAGGGCGAGGAGAAACUCGAGGAGAACGACAUGGUUGCUGUACUUUGGGAGAUGAUCUUCCGUGGCACUGACACGACGGCGCUUCUGACAGAGUGGGCAUUGGCGGAGCUUGUUCUGCAUCCCUCAGUCCAAACCAAACUCCGAACCGAGAUCGAUACCUUGCUGGACCCCACGGAGCCUCUCUCCGACGCUGCCGUGGCCAAACUCCCUUACCUUAGCGCCGUCAUCAAGGAGACACUCCGAGCCCACCCACCAGGCCCCCUCCUCUCCUGGGCUCGCCUUUCCACGUCGGACGUCCAACUCAGCAAUGGUAUGCUCGUGCCAGCUGGAACUACUGCGAUGGUCAACAUGUGGGCCAUAACCCAUGAUGAAGGUGUUUGGGACCGCCCAGAGGAGUUCAGGCCCGAGCGAUUUGUGGUUGCAGAGGGAGGCGAGGCAGUCGACGUGAGGGGCUCGGACCUGCGUCUCGCGCCCUUCGGUGCUGGCCGGCGAGUGUGUCCUGGUAAGAGCUUGGGGCUGGUGACCGUGGCUAUGUGGGUGGCCAAGCUGGUCAGGCAUUUCGAGUGGGUCCAGCCUCCUGACUCGCCUGUUGAUUUGAGUGAGGUACUGAAGCUUUCGUGCGAGAUGAAGAACCCACUUCGAGCCAUUGCAGUGCCCAGGGUUGGUAUCAUGUAGGGCGUGUGGGUUUUGUUGGUGAGCCUCGUGGGCUCUGUAGUGGGUCUAGGUUUGUUUGGUGUGGGGGUUUUGGCUGUGGCCCCAAGGUUUUAUGCGUGCAAUAGUUAUGGUGAAAUGUGUGCAUGGUCUGUUUUUUUUGCUUCUUGUCUUGUUUUGGCGUUGUGUUAUUAUGUAAUGAAACAGUGCUUUUAAUAAAUUGUCAAUGGGUAAUUACUUUUAUGCGUGCAA